AUGGGCGAUUGGACCCAACUUUCGCCUACCGGAGUCGGUCCAAGCCGACUCAACAGGAUCACGAUGGUCUGGGACACGGUGGACGAGGGGAUCUACUUGUUUGGGGGCUUGGGCGCUGGACCCGUGGCUGGCGUACAGCCCUACUGGGACAACCGCAACGACCUGUUCUUCUACAGCGUGACUCUGAAUGCGUGGAUCAUCAAGUCAAUAGUUGGGGCGCCCACGCCGCGCAUUGGACAUACUGCGGUGCUAGAUCCAGGUGCCAGGAUGAUGUAUGUGUUCGGUGGGCAGAACACAAGCAUAGGCGAGCAAUUCCCCGAGACGACUUUCAGUGACCUGUUUGGCUAUGACCUGGCUACGGACACAUGGACAGAGCUGGCGGCAAGUUCAAAGCGAUCAAGGCAAUCCGCAGUGUGGGACAGCCAAAUGAGCCGCAUGAUCGUCUUCGGCGGCGUUGACGGUUCUGGAACCAAGUUGGAUGAUGUACUGACGUAUGAUCCGAGCUCUGACUCAUGGGCCUCUCCGAGUAUUGCUGGCACUAAGCCGUCAGCACGCUUCGGGCAUGUUGCCGUGUGGGACUCCUCGUCCGAGGUGAUGCUGAUGUGUUGCGGGCGUGGUGAGAAUACCUACAAGCCCUACACCGACACGACGGACACCACCAACAACGACUUGUGGAGCUAUUCCACAGGAGGUGGAUGGACCGAGCUGGUGCAGUCUGGGAGCUUCACCCAGCGAAUCGAGCCCUCGCUGGUCUGGAAUCCCGCGACGGGCUCGUUGGUGGGAUAUGGCGGGGACUGCCCGGAGCCUUUCGGCAUCCUCGACUCCCUCUUUAUCUACUCGAACGCUACGAACAGCUGGAGUGAGUACACAAUCAGUGGCCCAACUGAACGCUAUGCUCACGCCGGGGUCUGGAACCCUGCAGGCGAACAGCUCUAUGUGUUUGGGGGGGUUGACGACAGCGGCACUGUGGACUCAUUUUGGAGGUUGGACUCUGUCUUGACAAGUACGAGCUCUUCCUCUAGCAGCACCCCGAGCACUACUUCGACCUCCGGGACAAGCUCCGUGACUACGACCUCCUCCAUCUCCAGCACCGCCACCGCCACCACGACCACCACCGCAACCUCCACCACCACCUACACCUCUGAGACCUCCACGACUUCCACCUCUGAGAGCUCCACGAUGUCCAGGUCUCAGACGUCUGAGACCUCCACGACCUCCAAGACCUUCUCUGGGACCUCCACCUCGUCUGCGACGCGCACGUCCGUCACAUUGUCGUUCACAGCCCCCACAUCCACAACGUCCAUGCCCAGCACCUCUACGCUCAAGACAUCCACGUCUACAGCAUCCACUUCCACCAGUUCCACCACUUCCACUUCGACUGCUCCGGCUUCUUCACAGUCCACCUCUACCGCCACGUCAUCGACAACUUCUGUUUCCAGUCUUUCUACAACCAGUAGCAUGACAACCACAGCAUCGACUUCGACAGAAACUCAGUCUACAACUUCCGGUGGUACAACGCUGACAGAAAGCUCCACCGCGACAACAACCCUGUCUGCAACAACUAGCAGGGGUGCUUCUACGACAAGCUCCAGUUCGACCACAGCACGCUCUCCAACUUCCAUCUCGACCACAGCAAGCUCGACCACCGUGGAGGCAAGCAGGACCGCAACGAUGACGACAACGACCUCGCUGUCCCGUGCUUCGAAGACAUCAUCAACAAGCAGGACUUCAGUAAGCUCAUCUUCCACUUCAGUAAGCUCAUCUUCCACUACCGGCCCAGGCCUCGCUGUGAUGACAUCCUCUACUUCGAUGUCCAUUUCAACUUCCAGGACGGAGGAUGUCAGCGCGGACACAGUUGUGGAGCGCCUGUCUCAAGUUGAGCAGGCCGAGCAAGGCAUCGUGAUGGGUCUGCUUGAAUUCCUCAUGGGCAGCAACACCUCCGACGUGGUGGCCAAUGCCUCAAACGCCUCGGCGGGAGUUUUGGGCUACGUGUUUUCAAAUCAGGAGGAGGCUGCAGUGCAUGCUUGGGUCUUGGCCUCAGCUCCUCCUAACGAAACGCUGGCUCCACCGCUGGUUCUGGAUGCAGGAACGUUUGGUUUGGUGGUUCCGCCGGAAGCCCUUGAGCAAGUUGCGACGCUGGCCGCCGACGUGGGCCUCCCGCGGCAGGUGGUGCUUCUCACCAUCAGCACCUUCGAAGCUACGCCAGAGUUGAAUAGCAGCAACAGCAACAGCUCCUUGAUCUCGGAGCCGGUGCACGUGAGCUUCCGCGGAGCGGACGGUCAGCGCCUUCGUGUGAGUGGGCUGACAAAGCCUUUGGAGCUGAGGUUUGAAGGCCUAGAGCGCUUCAAUGAAAGCAGCCUCCAGCAGGCUCGGUGCGUGUUCUGGGACGAAGAAUCUGGAAGCUGGUCCAGGGAAGGAGUGACACGCUCGGAGCAGUCAGAGGGGUUUGUGUGCCUCACAAGCCACUUGACGCUCUUCGGGGUGUUUCUGGAGGCGGUCGGCAGGGCUUUCCGGUGCUCUUCAGCUUCUGAGGUGUUGUCGGUUGAAGGCCUCCAGAAUCUGGGCACGACGGAGUGGCUAACGUAUGCAGCCACCAUCCUUACCUUCGUGUUCCUGCUCGUUUUUGCUGCUGCAAUAGCUUUCGGAGCACACCUGGAUAGAAGGACGAGAAGAGCCAUCUCUGCAGUUGAGGUGGAGGAGGUGCUCCUGGUGAGCCGUUCCGAAGAGCAGGCUCGGGAGGCAGGGUGGUCGCAGGUGGGCCGCAGCGCCCUUUGCUGCUGGUGCUUCACCAGCGCCUUCGCCAAAAUGGCGUGGCUAGUGAGCACCGUCUUCGGGUUCGAGGCCGCGGAUGAUGUGGGCGAGCUUGCCAAUCCACAGGCUGCGGCGGUGAGUCGGUGCAUCGCCUUGCUCCACGCCUACAACGCAGGCGCCUGCAACGAGAGCAUCCUAGCAGUGAUGGCCUCCAGCGGCGAGCGAAAGCUCCGGUCGGGGGCCUCAUUCACUGUCCAGGGCAAGCGCAGCGCCUCCUCCCAGGCUUCUGCAACGUCGGAGACCUGGGAUGUCCAUUAUCAUGGGGUGCGAGCGGUGAACCAGUACCUAUCUGCCUCUUGGUACCAUCGGGUGGCGAUGCUGCUGCCGUGCCUGCACCCGUGGCUGAUGCUGACGCUCAUGAGCCUCUUCAGGUCUCACACCAUGCGAGCGGCCCUUAUCGUCCUCAAGGUUGCGACGUCAGCCUUUGCGAACGCCUUGUUCUUCACAAGUGGGGCGCAGGGGAGAGAUUCCGAUGAUGAAUGUGUUGCGGAGCACCCCGUCGGUGAGAAGCUGUUAACCGCAACCGUUGUUGGUCUUUCUUCCGCGUGCCUCAGUGACGUGCUGGUGAUUUUGUUGGUCCUGCUGCAGCGACGUCGGAUCAUGGUGCGAGACUUGUGGACGGCCGAGAUGAAGGUCAGGCAGCUGCGGCAGUGGCGCAUAAGGAGGCAGCUCUUCUGGUUCGUUUGGUUUGGUUCCUUCGUCUUUUCCAUUCUUUACAUAUUGUCCUUCCUUGCCAACGUGAGCGAAGCUGAUGCCGCAGAAUGGAUGGAAAGCAGUGGGGUCAGCGUUUUGCAAGACGUCCUUCUCAAGCCCCUGCUCAUGGCAGUGGGAUAUGCCACAUUGACGACUCUCGUGCUGUCGUGUAGCCCGCGCGUCAAAGACGCGGUUCUCAACCAAUGGAUAUGCCAGGACGAGGUGAUCGAAAGUGUGGCGGAGGAUGCAACUAGCUUAGGAUUGCCUGGCGAGUCAACAGGCGUGGAUGAGACAUUGUCCAUCUUCAGUUCCGAGCCUCCCGAGCCCGUCAAGAAAACAUGGCUCUGA